AUGGAGGCUGUAGAGCCGGCGGUGGUGGUGAGCUGCGAGUGCUGCGGCCUGGAGGAGGAGUGCACCGGCGAGUACAUUGGCGGCGUGAGGGCCUGCUUCGGGGGCAGGUGGCUGUGCGGGCUGUGCUCCGAGGCUGUCAAGUACGAGGCCGGCCGCAGCAAGCGCACCGCAGCCAUGGGCGUGGAGGAGGCCGUGCGGGCGCACAUGGCCUUCUGCCGCAUGUUCAGGCGCGGCGGCCCCGCGGAGCGCGUGGCCGAGGGCAUGUGCCGGAUGCUUAGGCGCACCGCGUGCGAGAAGCACCGGGCCACCUCAUCGUCCUCGUCGCGGCCGACAGCGCCGGCGACGGUGGCGUCAGCGUCCGGGCACCACCGCGCCUCGGUGCCGUCCCCCCGAGUUGAUAUCUGCUUCUUGAGACGAGGUGAUGCUUCGGACAUACGUCUUCCUCGGCAAAGCUAG